AUGGAAGAUACAAGUCUAGUCGACGAUAAAAUUAAUCUAGCUAUACUAUAUUUCAAAUCACAAAAUUAUGAAAAAGCACUUAGCACCUACAAUGUAUUGAUAAACCAAUUAAAGAAUCUACCACGAUCUACGAUCAAACAAAUACGGAAAAGUUAUAAUCUACUAGAAACCCCUCUAGUAGGUCCAGCAAUCCACCCUAAACUAGGUUCUUUACUAGACCAAAGAGCAGCCACCUAUGAAAAGUUAAAUCAGCUAGCUAGUGCCUUGAAAGAUGGGCGUGAACUAAUCAAGCUUGAACCGAUCGGAUGUAAAGGCUAUUUACGUACUGGGAAGAUAUUGUAUAGCCUAGAUAAAAAAGUGGAGGCAUACAAAUGUUAUCAAGAAGGAUUAUACAUUAUCGAGAAAAGCAUCAAGGAUUAUAAUAUUACUGUACCGGAAAAACUAUUCACGUCGUUGAAAACACAGUACAAAGCGUUAAAUAUCGAAUUAAAGAGGAAAAGAACCAUGGCUGAAACAAAGGAGACCACUAAACUUGUCAAAAAAACUAGGAUACGAACUACUGAUCCGUUUGCUUAUUUUCCAGUUGAUAUUUUGGAAUUGAUUUUCCAGAAUAUUCCAAUGAACCAAAUCUUGAAAUGUCACACUGUUUCCAAAUUAUGGUACCAUACACUAACCUCCAUUCCUAGGCUCUAUGAUUUUAAAUGCAGAGCAAACAUUGCCUUGAACGAGUUUGUUUCGGGGGUACGAUUGUUUAAGAAAAUAUGCUCUUACUCAAACUCCAAGCUGGUUCAACAUGUUAGGAUUAACCAUGCCUGUAACAAACAGCAUUUGGCAAAAAUGUUAGAUAUUUUAAUACGCGAGCAAGGAAUAUUGCCGCGAAACCUAUCUAUAAUGGAUAAGAAUUUUAAUUUACAAUUAUUAUUUCAUUUAUUUGCUAAGUCAGGAUGGAAGUUGUUGAACUUUCAGAAUUUAGAGAGUUUGAAAAUAGGGAUCAACUGCAGCAUAAAGUAUGGACAUGCCUUGUUGAACAUGUUCAAAAAGUUGAAGGCAUUGGAAAUAGUUAUCCUUGUUUCUGAAAAAAGUUCAUUGGAUUUGAUUCCUAUUCAAGAUAAAUUAUUUAGAAGAUUCAAAGACCAGGAAUUGGAAGAGUAUGGGUUAGAACGAUUGCUUUUAGUUAAUCAUCCAAAGCUCUUGAGUGACAAUCCCAACCCCAUAUCACCCCAAACAUAUAGUCCUUACCCGAUAUUGUUAAAUCGAGUUUUCCCUGGAUUGACGGAAUUGACUUUGGUGUCAUUUGAUUUCUCCACCACACUUCCUCAGUUUGGAGAGUUUUUAAUGCAAACACCAAAGUUAGAGAAACUAUACCUUGAAAAUAAUCAAGCAAUAAAUAUGCUAAUUUUUUUCCAAAUGCUUGUAAAUUAUAAACCAACGUUCAAAUUGCAAGAGUUUACCUUUAGAGAGUCCUCUGUCGUUUCGGCAAUCUCGCUAACCGAGUUCCGCCUAACUGACUUACCACAGUUGAAGAACUUAUAUAAAUUGGAUUUAUACAAGAAUUGCCUAUCAGUGACAGGGUUUUUGAAAAUGCUAAAAAUUGGUGGCAAAUCAAUUAGACAUUUGAAUAUUGGCCAUUCGAUUUACAUUUCGUUUGUUCUUCAUUCGACAAAGAUGAUUUAUCUAUAUGAUAUUUUGGAUAAAUGUCCACAUUUGAGCCAUUUGUAUCUUAACGACAUGGAUAUUGAUCAACAAGCAAUGGUACAAAUAAAUAAGGAUUUAGAGAGGAUAUCGUGCCAUCUCCAAAUGUUGGAUCUUAGUUUUAAUAAAAUCGACGGUGUUAGUUUAAUCAGAAUGUUUGAGAAAUGUCUUAUUGUAAAUCCUAUAGAACAGAUGGUUUUACACGGAAUGGAUAUUUCAACAGAUACUAUACAGUAUUUGAUUCGCAAGAAGUAUGUGAAUAGUGUUUCUAUGGAUACAGCAAGAUUAAAAUGGCAGGCAUUUGGGGUUAAUAGUUGGGUGCAAGAAAGGUCGUAG